AUGGAUGACUUCCUAGUGGCGCUAGAGAACGAGAAGCCUCUGCUUACAGAGAAGCUCAAAGACAUUUUGCGACAGGAGCAUGACCAGGUCAUCUUCAAGUUCGCUGAUUGGUUGACCAACUUCUCCAAAGUUGAUCUGAAGCACAAGACCGGCUUGGUUGAUCCUCAUGCAAAUCAGAGCAUGUUGCUGCAGACGCAGAGCAUCACAAGCACUAUGAGGAAGCGCUCCCUACCAACUUCCUUCGAUGCACGCGCAAACUGGGCAGCUUGCAGCGAGAUUAUCGGGCGCAUCCACAAUCAAGGUGUUUGCGGCAGCUGCUGGGCGUUUGGUGCACUGUCUGCGGUUGACAGCCGCUUGUGCAUUGCCACAGAGGGCAUCUUCAGUGGGCCGAAGGCACAGAUCAGCCGCGGCUACGCAACCUCAUGCACAUAUCGCUGGAGGGAUGGUUGUGAGGGAGGCUGGCCCUCUGACGUCCUGAGGUUCAUGGCUUCUACAGGUUCCCCCACGGGUGGAGACCAAGGCUGUGCCCCGUACUUUGGGCAUGGAGCUGGCAAGCAGCACUUCAGCCAGUCAGAAGUGGCACCUCCUUGUCCAACGGAAUGUAUGAAUCCAGGCUUCUCGAGGAAGCUGCAGGAUGAUCGGUUCAUGGUUGGUAGCGAUCAUUUCCUGAACAUCCAGCUUCUGAACAACCCUCAGCGAACCUUGGCAUACCAGUUGGCUCGUGAGGCCAUAUUGAGCGGAGGCCCUAUUCCUGCCUUGCUCUAUGCAGACAAUGGCUUCAUGGCAUAUUCCAGUGGCAUCUACACACACUCCUGUGACAUUGAUCCCAACCAUGCAGUCACAGCUAUUGGCUGGGGGCGAGACAGUUGGAUUUGCUUGAACUCUUGGGGGGAUACCUGGGGUGAAGGCGGUAGUUUCCGCGUGGGUCUCUGCGUGCUCACCCACGCUGUCAUCCCGACAAUGAGCCUGGCAGGUAGCAGCAGUGGCUACCACUUCCCUCUGGCGGGUAGCGCUGAGACUCCAGCAGGCAAUCUGAACCCCGCCUCGACGUAUCCAGACCUACAGCCUUUCCUGGAGGCGCUUUCAUCCAAGGCGCGGACACUUGAAGGAUGCUUAUGCAGCGAUGCCUGUGGCCGGAAGGCAGGCGAGCCAGAUCGCAGAGACUGGUGUUUUGUGAAGGAUCCAGUCUGUCAAGGUUCGAAUUGGGGCUUUUGCCGUUAUGUCACGUCAGCAACAACAGAGACCAUAACUACCACUGCUACGACCGUGGCCAAUGUUACUACGACAGGGGCAAUGACUAUUACGUCACCCUCCGUGUUCCCAUCCACUCCGGCUUGGUCGCUGAUCUCAGGCGACUGCAAAACUGACGAGCUCGGUUGCAUCAUGAGCCCAGGGUACCGUGGAGCUUCAAUGUAUGAGAGCAAUCAGCAGUGCGAGUUCGAGGUCCUCAACUCGUCUUACCAGAUGGAAGUGUUGGACUUCCAGGUCGAAGCCGACAAUUGGGAUUACCUGCUUGUGGAUGAUGCCCGCUACAGCGGGAAGAAAACGCCACAUGGAAAGAUGCCCACGAAGACGAUCCAAUGGUACUCGGAUUACAGCGUGGUUAGCUUUGGAUGGAAGAUUUGCCCAAAGUCUGUUCCAGCUCCUGCUCCAUCGCAACUCAGUCAAUCUGAAGGUACGAAGUCCCUCGGCGUGCCACUUGUCCACAAAGGGGUUUGCUGGGCCGUUUUGUCCUUGUUGGCACUGUUUUAG